UCAAACGCAACCAUUCCAAUAAAAAAACCUGAAAAAAUUACGGGGAUAAAACCGGUGGCUCAGCUCCGUCUCUUUCCGCAUUUCCCAAAACCUCUCUCUCUCUCCAAUUUUCUCCCUUCAUUUUCAAUCAAUGGCUUCCCGGUGGUUAAGGCCUGAGGUUUACCCGCUGUUCGUGGCCGUCGGAGCUGCCGUCGGGAUCUGCGGGUUCAGUAUGGUCCGCCAUAUCUGCAUCAACCCUGAAGUCAGAGUGAGCAAGGAGAACAGGGCUGCCGGAGUACUGGAUAAUUUCGCUGAGGGAGAAAAGUAUCAGGAGCAUAUGUUGAGGAAAUUUGUCCGCAACAAGUCCCCUGAAAUCAUGCCAGGCAUCAACAGCUUCUUCGCAGACCCAGCUAAAUGAUCUGAAUCAUAAUUAAAAGGGGGAAACAUCAGAGAUGGUGACUCUAAAAUUGCUUUUGGCAAUUGGAACUUUAGUGACUGUUAAAUUUAACCCUGCUGCAUGGGGUAAACAAUGGAAAUAAAUUGAGUGGAUGAUGUUUUGUAACCUAAAUUUGGAUGAACGGUGGAUGUUUCCUUCAGUGUGAUUUCAUAUACUGUUUUCGGUUGCUGAUGGAUUUUAGAUGGAAA